ACAAGCUUGUACGCUCAGGCGGUUUCGUGCUGCAAUACUUGCUUGACACACAUUCACCUCUCGCUGUUAGCGCUCUGCUAUUCCCGAUUUUUCUUUGGUCGGGUCGGUAAGGAUGAAGGGGCUCAUCUACCUUCUGACAGCCUUCACCCUUCUGGGAAUCAGUGAAGGGCUUCUCAACACGACCUCUCCACCAGGUUGGAUUCCACCUGGCGGCCCCAGACUUGGGGUCAGCGUUAAAGCAACGGUAAAGGGAGCCAAGGUUCAGAGCGAGCUCUUGAAGGUCCUUAGCAGGAACGUACCUGAGAGAAAUCAACCCAAUGCUAACCGGUCUCCACGACAGGCGAUUGCCAGGACAGGUGGACACUCACAUCAAUCGAGCUCGAAUCAGAAUCAUCCUUUCUACAGCAAGCCUGGGAACCCCAAACCAAACUUCGAGACGUAUCGAGGGAAGAACUGGUGUGCUUAUGUGCACACGCGACUCUCACCCACCGUAACAAUGGACAGCGUGCAGACCUAUGUGUCUAUGUCGGCACAAGUGUGUCCCUGGAAUACCAGGAGCUGCCAACCGAGGUAUCAGAUCAUGAACCGCCCGGCUUACAGGAUGAAGCACAAAAUCGUGACCUCGUUGGAAUGGAGGUGCUGUCCUGGUUACACUGGAGCAAAAUGCGAACCCAAAGAGCAACAGUUGAAGAGACAAGCUGAGGAGAACCAAGCAGAGAGUCACGUGGCUGUGGAAACUCCAAGGGAUCAGCAGCACAAUGAUCCAGCAUUGACAGCAAAAUUCAGCGACAAGUUGUACAAUCAGGAGACGAAGCUGGGCCUGCUGCAGAAGAAGGUGGAGAAUAUUUCUGCCAGCAUGAAUGAUGUGCAGAGUGUGCUCCUCUCGCUGGAGGGUAAGAUGAAUGAAGACAGCGGAAAAGACCCACAGUCGACUUCCAAAGUAAUGAAAUCGAAAGGGAUUCAGGACCUGGUGAAAGAACUCGUAUUUCAACAGACCCGGGCCUUUCAAGAGAACAUCCAGGAGUCCGUGGCUCAGCUCUAUAAAGUCAUCUCCAGUUUAACAGAAGAGCUCGAGAGCACGAAAGCAACAAUCAAGCAAUUGAAUAAGAGCAUUUCGUCACAGCCUGAAAAUUUCAGCCCUGACCCCAAGAAGCAAGAUCCUGCGGUGAACAGUGAAAUACAGGAAAUCAGAGAGCAAGUGAUCCUCCUGAGAGCUGAAGUCUCCCUGACCUGCAACAAUACAUCUCAGGAUAUACAGGAAGAAAUCAAAUCUCUUGAUGGCGAAUUGGUAAAGGAACAGGAGAGGAACAGUGUUUUCUUUGAUAUCAUCAACCGCACACUUUCACAGGUAGGAGAAGCUCAGAAGCAACUGAUCUCUGAGCAAUCGCUCCGAGACAUAGACACUGCAGUCCCCGAAAUAGGAGGUGCCCAGAAAAAUACAAGGCUCCAAAACUAUUUUCUCAGUCUGGCUGAGAAAGUCCGAGCGCAGAACCAUAUGAUAGUGAAGCUGUAUGCAAAAUUGAACACACAGGACGCGCAGCUCUCCAAUUUAACUAACGCUGGGGGAAGACAUGAUGAGCUGGCCACAACGUGUCAAGAUUUGAUUGAAGAGUCCAAUAGUAACUUGCAGAACCAGCUGCACCAAAUGCAGAAUCACACGCAAUAUUUGAACGCAACAUUCUUCAACAUCUUCACCUCAUUUGACGAUGCAAUGGAGUCAGUGAACGAGAGGAUUAGCAAUCUAGCGUACGACAUGGAAAUCCUGCAACCUAUUGCUGAAGAGGAAAGGCUGGCCCUCGUACCUCCCGAUGAAGGCCACAGGUCAGAUGUCGCGGCCCUCAGAAAGCGCCUGGAGGUUCUGAGUUCCAGAGUCGAGCGUUUAGGCUCAGUUGUCAAAGACGUAGCUGAAGAGCGAGGACUGAGAAGCAACAGCGGAGAGGAAGAAGAAACAUUCAACAGGUUUAUGGCUGAAUGUCGUCUCGAAAUCGAGGAUGGUUUGAAUGACACAAUGAUCGUGCUCAAUGAUGCUGUCGAUUCCAUCAGAGAUAAUUACUACGUCCUGAAAAAGAAUCUGACUGAUCUGAGGCAGUAUGUUAUGGGACUGCCAUAUCUGAGUGUAGCAAACCAGAAGGAUUGUCUGGCUCUGAUCCCCCAAUUCAAGAGGUUAAAUGAUUCCUUUAUGGUGCUGCUGGAUGAUAUGGUGAGACACCAGAACGCUUUGGAAACGAUGGGUGCCAUUAAGGACAUAGCGGACAUUGAGAACGAAUUGAGCAACCUCCCAAACAUCGUGAUGAUGUCCGAUCUGUUAAAUGGAACUGCGGUCAAAACAGAGGAUCACCAGCAAAUGAUCCAGCACCUGGAGGAGAUGGUCCUUCAGUCACCUGCUGGAACCAGUGAUCAUGAAGCCCGGAUUCUCGCCCUUGAAUCCAAGCUGGAAUCAACUCUGGCUAACUCCAAAUCAUUCCAAAAGUCCAAGAAAACCAAAAAGUUAGAGAAAACCAAGCCCCCUGCCCCGAAGUAUCAAGAGCUGAGACGCAAGCUCUCGGAACUCGAUUCUAAAUGCUUUAAGCUGGGUGACAGAGUCUCAAUGCUCAGCGAAGAGACCGGCCACACCUGGGGCUUUUGCCAGAAUUUAUCUGUAUCAGUGGCUCAGAUCAACGCGAGAAUCCCGCUGCUUGUGUCGCCAGAGGCGAAGCUGAACGCCACAAAUCAUCAGGAACAGCCCCACGAUUUCACGCAGUCUAUCAGUGAAGCCACUGGUGGAGGGGUCUUCCUCACUAAUGUCACAGAGUACAUGGACAACGCACUUUCUGUCGUCAUUGGGAAUAUCACAAAGCUCCAAAGACAAAUGAAGCAGAUUUACAAGAAGCAAGCGGUGACAGUUAAACCCAACGUGACAGCCGGAGCUGGGAGAAGCCAGCGAUAUGCGGAUACUAAUGAUGAUUCAGUGGAACCAGCCAGCUGCAGCAGCUCUCCAUGCCAAAACGGUGGCACGUGCAUCAAUCAAGGGAAAGGCUUUGUUUGUGCCUGUCGGCCGCCUUUUGGUGGUCCCAGCUGUGACAUAAAGCUCCUGGACGAAAAUGCCUUGAAGACUGAUUUUUCAAGAGGAUCGUACAGGUAUGCUCCAAUGGUCACCUUCUUCGUGGCACAUACCUACAGCAUGAGCACUCCGGGUCCCAUCAAGUUUAACCAUCUGAUGGUCAACUACGGGGCCUCGUACGCACCAGGCAGCGGAAAGUUCUUGGUUCCCUACCUCGGAGUGUACGUCUUCAAGUACACGAUUGAAUCGUCCACCCAGUACUUGUCUGGUUACCUGGUAGUCGACGGAGUGGACAAGCUGGCUUUCCAGUCUGAGCAUGGCAGUGGUUCGGUCUCCACCAGCAGAGUUGUGACAGGUGACGCAGUGCUGGAACUCAACUAUGGGCAGAGAGUGUGGUUAAGAUUGAUGUCAGGCUCAAUCCCAGCCAAAUAUCCACCAGUUACAACAUUUGGUGGCUAUUUGCUUUACCGCACAUAAAAAGAACAACCGAUAAUACAUGUAAAGACGCUUCCGUACAAUCAGCAGAAUAGGUGCAAGAACCAAUUUAUAAUCCUUUUAGCGCUCGUUUUUUUUGAAAGGUAAACUCAACCCCUUCAGUCGGUGGAGAACCCAAAGCUAUGUAUGAUGGUGGUUAUGUUAAUAGCCACUUUCAAUUGUCAUUCUCCUAAAUUGUGAGCCUGUAGCAGUCACCGUCAUUGACGCAGCACGCCCUGGGUCUCUUGUUUGUUGUGCUUACGAGAACAGCCUUGCUAUUUUAUUGUCCUGGCGUUUUAUUUCAAAAACAUCAGCGAGAGAGAAAAAAAUAUUCAGAGCAAAACCUUAGUACUGAAGUAUUUAACACGUGGUCCGAUGCAGAGCUGCACAGGGUCUGUGAACAACACAAGCGAAGAGCAAUCUGAAAUGUGAAUAUCCGUCUGUAAUUUCUCCAUUGCUGCAAAUUGUAACCUAGGAUUGAGGUUUUCUCAGUGAAGGCAUUGGAUACAAGUUUAUUUGAUGGACUUUGAUGGAAAGGAAAGGCUUCAUUUUUCAACACUUCUCAGUGUAGUGUAACAUUGAUGAGGUGGGUUUCGCCCAUGAUGGAAUUUUCCCCUUUGCGAGGCUCAAUGUCAAGGAUGCCACAUCUAUAGGGUGAUGUAAAAUUCUGCCUGGUCUCAGUCUGUAGGACCUGUUUUGUCUUAACCUUUUAAAAUUCUUGAAAAUGAUUAAAUUGAGCCUGAGCGUGGAAGCUGUUUCUUAUUAAGAACUUCAGAAAACUGAGCUUAACCAGCUCAGAUUAGACGCAGUUUGAAGGGGCCUCUCGAGAUGUGCGUAUCGAAGGAACGCCGUCUGCAUAGAACGUGCCCGGUUUUUUGUUUGGAGAGAUAAGAGAGGGAGAAAGCAUCAAGAUGAGAUGUGCACAAGGACGCGCGGGAAUGCACUGUAUAUUUAUGAAAUCAAAAAUCAAAAUGGAACGGCAGGCGUUUUUUCACGAAGAUCCUUACCCCUUUAAGAGUGGAACGCAACCCUGUUGUUUCUCAAGCGCCGUUAAGGCAGAGGCUUGACAGGUCCGGUUUCCGGCACCUUUGCCUCUGUGAGCGCGAAACAAGAAUCUAAUUGUACUUGCAGAAUGAGUGAAGUUUCAUCUCAUCCACAAUUAUUAUUCUCACUGUUGUUAUUAUUGGGGCGAACGUAAUUGUGCAAGCGGUGUGUGGGCUGUUUCGGAUUAAAGCGAAACGGGUUGAGUUAAGGAGGACUGGAAGCUCGUGCUUAAAGCCAGUGCCUGAUCAGUGUCUGAUUCACAUUUAGAGGUCACACAUAUGUAAUCCCUUGGACAUCCGCAUGCUCCGCACCUGAAACUAGGUUACCAGCUUGUCAGCGGAUAACAAUUUAAACCGUGUGAAGUCAAGUAAUACUUUGCUGCGUCGAUUGAAAUCAUUGUGUGGUGUACAGCAACUGAUAGGUUUGGCUUCGAGUCAGUUGGAAGUAACCCUAUUGAAGCUCGUGAAAGAACAAACGCAAUAAAAUCACUGUAUCAUUACAGACACUUUGGGAGGUUCAGAAUUGCGAGGUUAAAAUAGUCAUAUUGGAAGAUAACAUUAUUGGAUGGGAAUUAUAAGAGGGAAGGUCAAUUUCUAUCAUGAAAUAUCCCCAUGUUGAAAAACUGCUCACAGCGCAGAUUGAAGCAAUAAUGAGAGAAAUGACAAAGGGAAAUGUAAUAAUGCAUUUCAUAUCAGACAUCACAUGUCGGAGCUUUAAGUUGCCAACAAGACAGUGUUUGCAUUCUCCAAUGGAAACAUGAUUUCCCUCCGUUCCUGGUAACUCGUUUAAAUCUAUGGGGGAAAAAAAAACUUCAUAAACCACUGAACCACUUGUUCUCAUUAAGUAACGGCAAUGGUAUGCCUUAGACUGCAUUGCUGAGCUGUGCUGCAUAUAAGCUCAUCUCUGAAAAAUGAAAUCCUGUCUAAAAUCUCAUUUUUUUUUAUUAAUUCAACAACCUACAUGGGCUCGCAUUGCUCAGCACUCUCAUAGUGUAUGGUGAUAAACUGUAGUAUGCAACAAAGCCCCCCAGAUCACUCCAAUUCUAAGCAAAGAGUUAGUUUUAAUAAUGUUAGUUUCAACAUAAAGCAUCAAUUUGAAGGUUUAACUCUCUAAAUCUAGUGCAAUAGAUAAGAAUUGAAAUUUUCUGUGUGUAAACCUCCUGUCAGAGCUGCUCUUUCACAAAUGCAAUGCGUAUAUAACCAAUGCGUUCCUUUCAAUGAUUAGCCAACUUUCGAAGCCCAUUUCAUGCACACGAAUGCAACGGCUAAAAUGUUCUCUUUUCUGAAGUAGAAAUUGAGCGGCAAUUCCCUCUGGUUUCAGUUUUAUAAUUCCUCUGCUUGUACUUUAACACCAGCUUCCCUGCAGGAGAUCAGUGAACUAAUGGCCUUUAGAAAACUAUACGAGCUUGAAUGUUUUAUUAAACGUUGUUUGAGAGGCCUAAAUUUGUGGUGUUUCUUAAGGGGAUUCAUUAAUAAGGAAUUUGAGUCACUCAAAUGGGGAAUCCUUCCGGGAACUGCUCUCCAAUGCAAUCACCUUCUGAUUUAUGGGAAUUCUAAUUUCAAACGGGAUAUUUAGGAAUCUCCAUUCAGAAAUGCUGCAAAUCGUACCUCACAUUUGUCAUACAUUUUCCAUGCAAAAAUUUCUCUGAGAUACCGAUGAUGCAUUUGAUAAACUGUAAAUGUAAUGCUUGUCUCCUUACUGUGUAAAAUCCUAUGACUGUUUCCACGGUAAAAUAAAUUGCAUCUAAUAUGUUAACAGUUUUGACAUAUUUAAUAGGGUGAAAUAAUGUCUUGUUAUUUUUAAGAUUGUAUUUUAGAAGACGAUUGCAUCAAAUUAAGGCAAUAAACAAAACAGUAACGCUUUCUGAAA